AGAAACCGCUACCCCACCUGCCAAAAUGUAAACAAGAAUGUCUGAAUUGAGAAGAGCGGAGCAAAAAAAUGAAAUUAUUUGCUGUGAAAUAGCAAAUAAUGUCUAAAAUUUGAUAUUUGAUCAUCGUAUCUUAUUAGUGAUGUCGAUCUGAGAUAUGGUAAGAAGAAAUGAGAGGCACGGUGAAAUCGGAAACGGCCCAUCUUCGAGUUGUGUGAGGUAGUGAAGUGAUUACAGCAGAGGGCAAAAUGACUUCGUGUGCGUAUAUGGUAGAUGUGAUGGUCGGGGACCUCUCUCUGGUAGAUCCCCCUUCCAUCAUCCACAGGAGCAAAAAUCCUUUGUGCCCUGUCAUUGCUGUGCAGAUCUUCCAUGGCCCCCUGCUCUACAUCCCCUUCCUCAGCCCUGAGAGUGUUCAGGCUCAUCUCCGGGAUAUCCAUGAUGGACACAACUUCCUCCCUUUAGAGAUUGAAGAGAGCUAUCUAAAGGGAGGAAAGUUUGUGUUCCGCAAAGGGAGGUCCUGUCUCUUCACCGCACCUCUGAAUUCAUUUGCAAAAGAGGGAGAUGGAAUUGACAGCCGGAAUGACACUGACGUAGUUGUUGGGAGUUAUGUAAACCUUGUAAUCCUUAAUGGCCUGUGCUUCCCCCCAUCAGUGUUUGGGAGGUGCAAGGCAGCUAUCCCUGUGAGUGGAAGGGAGAACAGAGAACCAAAGAGAUGCCUGACAGGGAAAGUCAUCCUUAGUGACCACCUUGGAAAGUCUGUUGCUUCACUCCAGGUGUCCAUCACUUUGAGAAGUCUUGGAGAAGAUAUUGCCCUUCAUGCAAGACAUUUUGAUACUACUAAUGGAGAGGAAAAACAGUCAGUACCAGGGGUGGUUCCAUCUCACAAAUUUAGUGAAGACAUGACCAUUCCUGAUUAUGAGCUUAGUUCCAGGAGGUUAAGACUUGAUAGGACCAUCAAUCUUCUGCAGGAAAGAGAGAACAGUAAAAAGACACCAUUUAGUCAUAUUCAUGACACAGUACUGGAUCAGUCAUAUGUAAUUAAUCAACACUUUGUGGAUCAAGGAAUUGGAAGUUCAAAAUACGGUUCACAAAGUCAUGAGACUUCAGAGGUUAUUGCCAUGAAGAUAGCCGAGUUUGAGAGAAAUGUGCAAGAUAAUUCCAAGGAAUUUCUUACGGCUCCUGUUGUGAGCCCCAGAAUAGGAGGGAAGCUACCACAGCCCUCGCCCCUCCUCUUUACUGGGCGUGAUGCAGAGGCAGAGAGACUGUGGAAUUCCAAAAUGAAAGAAGUUGGGGGUUAUGUCUUAGACUUUGAUAAUGACAGCAGUGAAUCCUUCCCUACAAGUGAGGGAGAAGAAAACAUCUUAAAGAAUGAAGAUAAAACUGAGGAAAUAGAAAAAUUGAAAAAGAUUGUAGAAAAACAUAAAGACCCAAGAGAGAUAGAGGCUAAGAAGAUGAAUUAUGCCAAGGAAAGAUCUCAGAGGAAUCUAAAGAACACGAAAAAUGCAGAUAACAGGAAGUCAGUGAAACAUGCACAAGGUAUGAAGAGGCCCACUGGCUGGCUGCGCAGCACUCCCAUUGCUCCCUACAGAAUGUACUCUGAGCCCCCACGUCCCAAACUCACCCGGACCUCUCUCUUAAGAAGGGCAAAGCUCGACCCAGAGCUUGCAAAGCAGCUGCGUGCAGAAGUGGACUUCCAGGUCAAGCAGAAACUUAAGAUUUUAGAUGAAGCUUUCAAAGAGGAGAUGUCAAACUUACGAAAGAAAAAGCUCAUGAGAUCAGCCAGGCAAAAUAAGAUGGCUGCAAGUUCCCAGACAGAGGAUGAGAGAGCUGAGGAUGACCUCCUGUUGGAAAGGAAACCCUUGUUUGGCCUUGAGGAUUUCUCUCAGCAGACAGAUCUCUUCCACCAAAAGUCUCACCAGUUUACCCAGAUGGGAGAGAGUUUCACAAGGGAAAUGGAUGGUGGCAAAAGGGUAAGUCGUGCUGGAUCUCCUAUUAAUCAUGCUACACAUGAAUUUAGAAAGGGAAGGGGAGGCCUGCAGAGGGGUGAAACAUAUGAUGUGGACUUGACUGAGAGAAUAGGGAGUCCCUUUUCUGUAAAGGAAGCUCAGAGUAUGAAACCAUCCCAUAAUGAGCACAACUGUAGAAAUGGUCUUGAUACAUCCACAAAUAGGCAUGAUAAAUCAAAAAAAGUUGUUCACACUAUAAAUGGUUAUAAAUCACAUGAACGUCAUAAGAUAGCUGAAAGUGCUCAGAAACAAAAUUCUGACCAUUCUCUGUCCAUCACUGAAAGUGAACCAAAGCAGAGACAGAAAGGUAGCAACCCCACCAACAGAAUUCGUGACAGUAAAAUGAAACCUGAAUCUACACACAAAGUUUCAUCAAGGCAAUAUACGAGUGCUACAGGAUCUUCCUCAGAGUCUGUGCAGGAAAUAUCCAUAGAAGAAAACUUGGUCAGAUCGUCAAGCAGCAAGGGUGGUUCACUGUCCAUGGCAGUUGUUACAGAGUCUAAUAGAAGAAGAGCCAGUAGUGUUCAGAGUGACUCUAAAGCCACAAACAGUGAGGCCUUGGAGGUGAGUGAGGCAUCCAGCCUUUCUGCAGAAGUGUACCAAGAAAUUCUGAGGGGGAAGAAAGCUGACAUUCUCCUGAGCAAUGGGAGUAAAAGCAGUAGAGUUCAGGAAGCUGUAAGUAUUUCUUCUGCUGCAGAGGAAGUAGUCACAGCAGAUGAUGAUUCUGCACAAGAUAUAAGGCAAGGGAAUGAGAAGAGCAACAUUCUCCAACAGUUAAGCAAAGCCAGAGGUAAAGGUCUUAUAAACUCCAGGACAUAUAGCAUCAAGGAAGGCCAAGGACUUGCUGCAACUUACAAAAUUCCAGUUAUACAUGGUUCUAGCUCAGAAAGUGAUGCUAUUAUCAGAGGUAGAAACAGUGACACCAAAUUUUAUGCACAAAGCCAAUCCUUACAUUCACCACGUGCUGAAAGAGGACCUGUCAAUGUUGAGGUAAAACACAAAGAUACUGGAAACACAAAAUUGCACGGUUUAAGCAAAGGAACUCCAUCACCAAGAGUGGAAGAGGAGGAAGAAGAGGAAGGAACCAUCAGCGACAUAAGUGCCCGCAUCGCUGCUCUCCUAUUGCCCAAGAAGGUGGAAGUUGCAUCAUUGCACACAGACUCUAUCAGCUCUUACAUGCCUUCAGAUGUUGAUGGCACUCUUUCCAGUCUCUCUGAUAUGUCUUAGUUCAAAGUAAUUAAAUUUUAUUGCAACAUGUUUGAAACUGGAAGCAACUGAAGGUAGCUGAGAGUGUCUUUAGUCUUCUGUUGAAUUAAGAAUAUGUACUCUUAAGGAAUCUUUUUUUUUUUUUUAAGUGAAGGAUUCCUUAUUGCAUUGAUUCAGAGUGUAUGAUUCUCAUUUUAUGCAAAGAGCAAAGCUUUACCAAAGAUUACCUUUACACUGCCAAUUAUUAUGCAAAUCCAAAGACAUGUAAGUUAAAUUUCUUAUUGCAUUGAUUCAGAGUGUAUGAUUCUCAUUUUAUGCAAAGAGCAAAGCUUUACCAAAGAUUACCUUUACACUGCCAAGUAUUAUGCAAAUCCAAAGACAUGUAAGUUAAAUUUCAUGAAUGGUGUAGUUCUCAGAGUGAAAGGAAAGUAGGUUAAGAUUCAUUUUACGGAAGUUGCAUACUCAAUUCUGCAUACUCACUUCUUUCUAAAUUGAAGCACAAGUAUAUUUCUGUGAAAGAAGUAGAAUAUAUCUUUCAUAUUUAAAAACAAGUGAGAUUAUAUAAGCUGUGAUCACUGAUGAAAGACUAAUAAAUUAGAUAUUAAGUUGA